CGUUGCCAAGUCGAAGAAUCAAGUAGAUAUUAAAAUUAAAAUCGGUGCAUUUUGAACCAAAAUCAACUCUAUUUCUUAAGAUUAUUUAUUUUCAACUGCAUAAGCUAAGAUCAAAUUGUCAACGUCGUCAUAACUGUCAUUCGCAGUUUGAAAAUCACUCAACAUCCAAAUUUCAACCGUCGUCAGAUUUGUUAAUAUUUUUCAAGACUGUGAUUUAAAAUUAAACUUUAAAACCAUGGAAGAAGCUUUCGAUGCCUAUAACGCACCCCAAUUCCUCGAUUUCGAGUAUCUUGAUAACUAUGAGGAGGAUGUAGAGUCUUAUUUUGAUGCAGCUCGCCAAUUCAGAGAAGGUGAUGGGGACAAGAUGCCCAUGCCGAAACUACGAAAGUCUAUGAGCGUAGGUAAUCUAAUCCUUUUUAGUGAACAGGAUCAUCUUACUACUCAAAUAAGUACACAAAUUAAUAAGCUUACUAUAGCUGAAGUUCCACCUCAAUCAAGAAGUUGUGAAAAAAUAUGUAACAAUCAUGAAAAACCUAAAUUGGACAUUUCUUCCAAUAUGAAGCGAUAUGGUUCAGUAGAGAACGUUAAAGAAAACAAAUUUAUUAGUUUUGCUGAGUCAAUGCAUUUGUUUCAAAAUAAAACACCUGUUCGGUUUCGUAGUAGACAAAACUUGGCACAGCAAGUCCACAAUCCUCAGCCACUUAAACUGACCAUUCCGCAAAGUCCGGCACUUGCAACGAAAAAAAGAUACCGACCGCCACAUGUCUUAUCGCAGGAAGAGCAAGAAAAAUUAGAGAUUGAACAAAAAGCUAAUUUUAAAGCCCGAAAAUUGAACAAAAAAGUAAUUCAAGGACCUAUGAAAGCUACUGCUGCAGUUCAUAAGAAACCUACAGUUCCAGAGCCUUUUACUUUUGACUCUAGGGUUCAGAUGGUUCAAAAGAGAAGACAGGAAUUGAUAAAUAAGGUACUACAAGAAGAAAAAAAAGCCAGAGAAUUCCAUGCAAAUCCAGUGCCUAAAUGCAUAAAGUCAGAUCACAGAUCAAGCAAGGGUUCGCUUGUUAGUGGGGGAUCUGGCAAAAAAAACGGAAGUACAGAGAGUCUUUCAACUCGUUUCAAAGCCCGAACUCCGACGGUACUGUACAAAGAACCGUUCAUACCGGCUAAAACAUCAAAGGUAACUGAAGUCGUACCGUUCCAGUUUAUUUCGGACAUGAGAGCUCCACAAAGAGAGGAAUUCGAAAUCAGGAAAGCAGAAAGAGAGGAUAGAUUAGCCUAUUUUAAACAGCUCGACCAAGAACAAAGAUUAAAACUGGAGCAGGAAGAAAGAGCUAGGGCUCGUAAAGAGGCGGAGUUCAAGGCCCAGCCAGUACGGAAGUACAAAAAGGUGAUUAUUGAGCCAUCGAAUAAAGUAACUGAGCCUAUAUCGCCGAAGUUUCAUUCGAAAAAAAAGCUCGAUAAGGAAAAUAUUGUUAGUAAUUAGAGGAAAAAAGAAUUUGGUAUCAAAACUUUGUUAAAAAAACCGUUUUUUGUAUAUACUUAUUAGGUAUUUUAAUUAAUUUUAUAUAUUAUAUUGAUUCUAUUUUGUAAUUUUUGUCCCAUAAGUACCGUAUGAUGGAAAAAAAACG